CGUGGUCGCACUAACGUGGACACGGCUUCGGGAAGCCCAAAGUCAGGUUGUCCGUCCGAGGGUGGCGGUGCUAUUCUUGUCAGACUGUAACCCCAUGAGAGUUGUUCACCCGCUCCUCCUUGCUACCGCUGCCACGUGCUGUGCGUGUGCGUCAUCUGCGUCGGUUGCGCCCCCGCAGCCGGCGUCGUCGACAUGGCAACAACAUGCCGAGUCGGUCGCAAUUGCAGGUGUCGACCCCUCAGACCUCUCGCGGUUGCUCCAGUCUGCCCUGACCGAAUUCUACGGCAACGGCACGUCCCAGCACACAAAUCGCAACAACGCGAGUCUGCCCGUCGUCGAGCUCGCUGCGGCCCAAGGACUUGCACGGGCUCAAUUCCUCCUCGGUGUGGCCCAUGCCACGGGUUUCUGGGGCGAUGCCCCCGACGACGCCAAGGCCGUGGUGUAUCUAUACUUUGCGGCGGCGGGCGGCGACCUCGCCGCGAACAUGGCUCUCGGGUACAAACACAUGAUGGGCGACGGUGUGCCCAAGAACUGCGAUGCUGCAUUGCGCUACUACGAAGUGGUGGCGAACCGGGCGAUCGAGAUUCGCGAGAACGAAGACUCGCUCAGUCCGGUGCUGUACGACCAGCGCCACAAACGACUCAAGACCCAAGCGGACCUCCAACAUAAGAAGAACCAACCCGGCGAUGUCGACGUCGUCGAGUACUACCACUUCUCGGCUGAAAAGGGCGACCCCGAAGCGUCUUUGAAUCUGGCGCUGCUGUAUUACUACGGAGCACGUGGAGUCACCCAGGACUUGACGAAGGCCGUGCAAUACUUUCGCAAAGCUCACCUCUUGGGCUUGACAGCGGCGGCGACCAACUUGGGGCAUAUUUACGCCAACGGGAUCGGGGUCGACGUCGACAUGGACAAGGCGUUUGCGUACUAUCAAGAAGCGGCGCACGAGGGCAACGCAGCGUCGCAGAACGGUCUCGCGUCGCUGUACUUGCACGGGCAUGGCGUCAAGGAAAACAAGGCCAAGGCGAUCUCGCUCUUCCGCACGGCGGCCAAGCAAGGCAACGCCGACGCGUUUUACAACCUCGGGCUGCUUGCGCUCCAAGGCGCGUUGCAAGUGGACGGGAGCCCUGAUUUUGAAGCGGCUUAUGGGUACUUUCAAGUGGCUGCGCAACACGGGCACACUUUGAGCAUGCACAAAGUCGGGCACAUGGCCAUGAACGGCAUCGGCGUGUCACGGUCGUGCCGCGCUGCCCUCGAGUCGUUCAAGACGGUCGCGGAGCGAGGGUACUGGGAGAAGGAACUGCGUCAUGCGUACCAGCGCUUCUCAGAGGGCGACUACACGACCGCGUUCCGAACGUACGUGGUGCUAGCUGAACAGGGGUACGAAGUUGCCCAGCACAACGCGGCUUGGAUGCUGGAAUCGCAGCUCGGGAUGUCAUUCAAACACGCGUUGGGCGAUGGCACGAUUCGCCUGUACAAGGCCGCGGCGGCGCAGGGCAACGUGGACGCAAAUGUCAAGUUGGGCGAUUUUUAUUACUACGGGUACGGGACUUCGACCGCCCCGAGCUUCGCCAAGGCCAUGGCGCAUUACAUCGCCGCAUCCACCAAGCACGGGCAAGCGAGCUACAACCUGGGGUACAUGUAUGAGCAUGGCGUUGGAGCUACGCAGGACUUUUUGCUGGCGAAGCGGUACUACGACCUGUCGUUGGAUAUCAACCCGGAGGGGUAUGUCCCCGUCACGUUGGCCUUGUACAAGCUGGCGUGGCACCAAGCGCUCGUACCAUUUCAACAUAUGACAUUGCCGGAAAUGACCGCCGCGGUUGUCGCUGCACUUCACCGCAAAGCAUGGGCCCAGUGGAAACACAUUUGGGAAUGGGUCGUCAGGGCUGGAACGUUUGUCCUGAGCUUCGUCUCCGGCGUCGACAUGGUGUCCCUCCUCGUUCAAGCGGAUGUCAUGCCCGAGACGGACACGCUCGCGAUGACUGUUGUCGCGCUCUUGCUUGGUCUUGUCUGGACAAUUCGCCACCGCCGACGGUAGAUUGGUCGCUCGAAGGAAUAGAAGUAGAGAGAAGGUUGUGUGGAUUCAUGCAUGGAUCUUGGUUGUCA